AUGGGACACAUAUACCAGUGGUCAUGCCUAGAGCAAGACAAGUACUCUAUAUUGGAAGAAAAGGUAUCACUACCCAAAGUGUUAUGGUUGUAUGUGAUUUUAAUGUGUUUUACAUUUGUGUGGGCUGGAUGGGAAAGUGUUGUUCACGAUGCACGAAUAUUCAUAGAGGCCUUACGAAGACCAAUUUUAAAGUUUCCUCAUCCACCUACUGGUAAAUAUUAUCUAGUGGAUUCAGGCUAUCCACAAAUGAAAGGAUAUGUAGGGCCAUAUAAGGUUGAGCAAUAUCAUCUUCUUGAUUUUCGAUGUGGAAGUUAA